CACUUGGCCUCUUUACCUGCAUGUAAACCUCCUCUUACGGGACGAAAGUGAGACAGGCCUUGAACAAUUGAUCAAGUUUCUCGCACCCUAACGAGGACCGGGCUCUGAAAAGAAAGGAAAUACAGAAAGAAAAUUCAACUGCUCUCCGAUCCAGCCGGAGAUGGACUGGGAUGAUGAAGGACCGCCGGACCUGGUGGGCGCUGGCGGCGAGCUUGCAUCGGAGGAGACGCCAGUCAAAGUUCCCAUCACAAUAGUGACUGGAUACCUCGGUGCCGGCAAGACCACCCUCCUGAACUACAUUCUCACUGCUGAGCACGGCAAAAAGAUCGCUGUCAUCAUGAAUGAAUUUGGCGACUCAUUGGACAUUGAAAAGUCCCUGACAAUCAACAAGGAUGGCGAGUCGGUCGAAGAGUGGAUGGAGGUCGGCAAUGGGUGCAUUUGCUGCUCGGUCAAGGACACGGGCGUCGCCGCUAUCGAGUCGCUGAUGGAGAAGAAAGGAAAGUUUGACUACAUUCUGCUGGAGACAACAGGCCUAGCAGACCCGGGAAAUAUUGCGCCCAUGUUCUGGAUGGACGACGGGCUCGGCAGCACCAUCUACCUGGACGGCAUCGUGACCCUCGUCGACGCCAAGAACAUCCUGCGCAGCCUCGACGACCCGGCCGGGAAAGUCGAGGGCCAUGAAGAGACCGACGAUGCCCAUGGACCGGUCAUGACGACCGCCCAUGUCCAGAUUUCCCAUGCUGACGUUGUCGUCAUCAACAAAUCCGACCUCGUUAGCGAGCUGGAGCUUCAGGCCGUCAGAGACAGGAUAGAGUCCAUCAACGGGCUGGCCAAGAUCUUCGUCACGUCCCAGAGUGUCGUGCCGCAUCUGGAGGGCUUUCUUUUGGAUCUGCACGCUUACGACAGCGUAAAGGAACUCGACCGGCCAGGACUCGGCCACAGCCACAUCGACAAGACGAUAUCGACCAUCUCCAUCCCGCUCCCCAUAAUGACGGAGACGCAACAAUCAGCGCUAGAUGCCUGGCUGCGAUCCGUCCUGUGGGAAAACGUCCUCCCAGGCCACACACCCUCAGACGGCCCGGCGUAUGACAUCCACCGAGUAAAAGGCCGCUUUUUCGCCCAUGAUGGGAGGGAGAAGUUCAUCCAGGGCGUCCGAGAGAUUUUUGACGUGUUUGACAACCCAUCCGAGCAGCCCGAUCCGGACGUUUCCCGGGUGGGCAAGCUCGUUCUGAUCGGGCGUCACUUGGACCGCUUUGACUUUGGGAAAAGCCUGGCGGAUGCCGUCGGAGAGGCCCCGCCAACAUAAGGAAAGGCGCUCUAGGAGGCAUUCCGGGCGCAUGUUGGAGGCGCAUCAUCUGAUGCGUGUGUAUGGGAUGCAUCAUAGUUUACCUGUCAACUCCCUCUCUAUCUCGCCGCGCCAGGUAAUGGUGUGAGCGGGAUGUAGUUGACAGUACGCUACCUACCCGAGUUAACCCAAAUGCACGUUACAGCACGAUGUAUCGGCACGGAUAUUCCGUACACACGUAAGUUCGAAAUUAACGGCUCUGUAUCAAGGAAGUAGGUAUGUACACUAAGGUAGUGUAUGGACGCCAGAAUUUUACACUAGUUUACCAGCG